GGAGGUUAGGACAGCACAUUAUUUAUUUAUUUAUUUCUUUAUUAUUUUUUUAUUUAAUUAUUUUACACUAUUCUCUUAUGGAUUUCUCGUCUCAGACUUCCACUACCCCUAUACCUCUCUCAGAGUCGGUUGGGGCACUGAACAACUGGAUCAAAUUUUGGAUCCUGAUAUUCUCCACAGUAAAGUCUUACACAGACGACUACUGUGCUUGGCUCCCUAACCGCAUGUCUCCUCAGCUUCUCAGGUUAGCGGUUCAGCGGGUAGCAUCCCAGAAGUGUACGGAGCUUACACAGCUACCGCACUUCCGGUUUUCUUCUUCCUCACUGCAGGUAGCAGUUUCAGACUAACCGCGCGGGUCUGUGCAUUGGCGCCAAAUCUGAGCACAUUGCGUACGCUACUACGCGGCCGCCAUUUUGUUUCUUUAGCGUGUUGGCAGCAGGCGCUCCCGCAGAAGACACGGACAGCGGUUUAGCUACAGCGAUCAUUCAGGACGGCUUACUCAGCUUGUAGAUACAGUAUCAUGGACACUGAAGGUGUACUAGAAGACCUCAGAAAAGAUAUGUCUAGUGCCAUCUCUACACCAAAGGCCAAAAAGGCCACAGGCAAACGAACCCAUACCCAAUUCAAAAAGUGCAAGAAAUGUAAACAUACAUUACGCAAAGGGGAAGAUAGCAUAUGUCUGGACUGUGCAGAUCCACUUGAUUCAGCGCCAGUCUUAUCACCUCACCCAAUUCUGUCCCAGGAUAUUGAGGAGACUCCUCAAAUAAAUGCAGCACCACAACAAAAUCCUUUAACUUCAUCUAAAACACCUCAAAUCGAAGAAUUAUUUGACUGGAUUAAGUCCACUAUUCAAUCGUCAGUCAAUAAAAUACCGCCUCACGGUAAGAAAAGGAAACCCCAACUACGGUUAGACACGGAGUCUUCAGAUUCCAGUACUAACAGUGAUCAGGAUAGUGACCCAGAACCAGGGGAACUUUCUGUUAGCGAAGUGUCUUCGGACGAAUCAGACAAUGAGCAUCAAUAUCGCUCUAUUGCAGGCCCUGACAUAGCCAAACGCUUAUUACGGGAAAUGCUAGCCACUUUAGAAAUCAAAGAUGAGACCACUGCUACUUCCAAAGCUGACAAGGUCUUAGGAGUGCAACCCAAAAAAUCUAGAGUUUUUCCUGUGUUUAGAUCUGUAGCACAGAUUAUUGACAACGAGUGGUCAAAACCUGAUCACAGACUCACGCUCACACAGCGCUUCCUUAGCACCUACCCUAUCCCUGCGGAUCACCAAAAGGUCUGGGAUAGGGCACCCAAGGUAGAUUCAGCAAUUGCCAGAUUAUCCAAAAAUACCACACUACCUACUGAAGAUGCUGCUUUUAAGGAUCCGAUGGAUAAGAAGAUGGAAGCUUCCCUGAGGAAAGGCUACACACACGCCACAGCUAUCCUCCGACCAGCGGUAGCUUCAGCUGGUUUAGCACGUACAGCUCGUUUCUGGUGUCAGGAGCUACUACACAAGCCCUUACCACCUGAGGAGUUACAGGAGGAACUACAACGUCUUAGUUCCGAUUUGGCCUUUUUAUCUGACGCAGCUAUGGAUACAGUAAAACUGGCAGCCAAAACUAGUGUCGACACAACAGUUGCCAGAAGAGCACUUUGGUUGCGACAAUGGACUGGAGAUACAGCGUCCAAAACCAGGUUGAUUAAUCUCAAGUAUACGGGUGAUAUGCUUUUUGGACCCGAUUUAAAGCAAAUUAUAACAGAAGUUACGGGGGGCAAAAGCACCUUCUUACCGUCAGACGAUUGGGUUCUAACUAUCAUCAGCGAGGGUUACAGGAUUCCUUUCGACACCCUACCUCCCCGCACUUUCAUACAAUCGUCCAUACCAAAGGAUCCCGUCAAGUUACAAGCUCUCCUCAACAUUGUCAGCGAACUGUUGCGCAACAAUGUCAUUACCAAAGUUCCACUACAAGAGUGUUACAAAGGCUUUUAUUCCAAUUUGUUUCUGAUUACAAAGAAGGAGGGCUCCUUCAGGCCAAUACUCAACUUGAAACCCCUGAAUCGGUUUGUCUCCAAGCAGAAAUUUCGCAUGGAAUCGAUUCGAUCAGUCCUGAUGUCCAUGACGGACCACUGUUACAUGACAAAAGUAGACUUACAGGAUGCGUACUUACACGUCCCCAUCAGGGCAAUCUCUCAACAGUACUUGCGGUUCACAAUCCUCCAGAACCAUUAUCAGUUCAGGGCUCUUCCUUUCGGCCUAUGCACAGCGCCCAGGGUGUUUACGAAAGUCCUCAGUCCUCUCAUUGCUUACCUCAGACGCCAAGGGAUCACACUCUCCCCAUAUUUGGACGACCUCCUAAUAAGGUCGCCUUCCUACGAGCAGAGUCUUCGAGACACUCAAAUUUGUGUCACUGCUCUCAAACAAACACGGUUGGCUCAUCAACCACAAAAAGAGCCAGCUCCAACCGUCACAGAAAAUCCAAUUCCUGGGGAUGUGGUUCGACUCCUCCCUGCAGACUAUCUCAUUGACCUCAGAGAAGAUCCAAACGAUCUCGCUCACAGCUCAUCAUGUCCGCCUGCUAUCCACGGUGUCCGCGGAACUUUGCCUUCGUUUGUUGGGCUACAUGGUAGCAGCACUGGAGGCCCUGCCCUUCGGCAGGUUCCACAUGAGAGUGUUUCAAAAUCAUUUUCUGAGGCAUUGGAACAAGGAUCACUUCAACCUGUCCCAACAAAUUCCAAUGACAGAGUCAAUAAAGCAGUCAUUACAAUGGUGGACAUUGACGCCCAACCUUGCCUCGGGGAGAACUUGGACCACACACCAAUGGACAGUGGUCACAACAGACGCCAGUCUCACGGGUUGGGGGGCCACUUGGCCACCUCGCAAUUGCCAAGGCACCUGGUCGCCGGAGGAAUCCAGGUUACCAAUCAACGUUCUAAGAAAUCAGAGCGAUAA